GCGUUUGUCUCUCCGGCGUUUGUCUCUCCGGCGUUUGUCUCCGGUGUGUUUUGUGGUCUCAGAGGAAUGUGAGAGUCGGUUUUAGUCGGUCAGAGUUUCGGUUUGGUUUCUGAUUGUUUUGUUGAACCGGGGCAAGAACCGGCCCGCUCCGGUGUGCACCCCCGUCCGGUCCUGGUCCCGGUGUCGGAGUUUAAAAUGCCGGGUCUGAGCGGACUGGUCCUCCUGGGUCUCUGUCUGACCCUCCACACAUGCCGGGCCUUCCCCCAGCAGCUGCCCGGCCUCAGCGCCGUUUCGCCGCUGCAGCUGGAGGCUCCGGGCGGCGGCGGGAACGGGACGGGCGGGGCCCCGGGCUGCGGGCCGUGUGAGCCAGAGCUAUGCCCGGAGACCCGGGGCUGCCGGGCCGGCCUGGUGCGGGACGCUUGCGGUUGCUGUGACGAGUGCGGGAACCUGGAGGGUCAGGCCUGCGACCCGGGGGACAGCAGCGUCUUCUACGGGCUCUGCGGGACCGGGUUGCGGUGUCAGGCGGACCCGCGGCCCGCGGGAGGAGCAGGAGAGGAGGAGGAAGAGGAGGAGGAGGUGUGCGUGUGUGAGGAGCAGGACCCGGUGUGCGGGUCUGACGGAGUCACAUACAUGAACGUGUGUCAGUUCAGAGAGACCGCCUUCUCCAGACCCGAGCUCCGGACCACCGAGAGGGGACCCUGCAAGACCGGUACUGCACCUGCACACCUGUAG